AUGACUUGCAUUAUAUUCACAUUUUCAUUCCACGCUUGCAAACCAUUAAUAUGUAACACUAUACAUGCAUCUAACACUAAUAUAUACGUAUUUUUUCACGCAUCUUGGGAAGAAUUCUUUGAAUCUCAAGAAAUUGAAGAAAAUAUCAGCAUAAUCAACCAAGAUACUACCAUUCAAACAGCUCGUAAUUACAAUAUUUUUGAUUCAGUAUUUAAAAAAAUUCAUUGUUCUCGAGCUAUUCAUGUUUCAGCUAAUUCUCCCAAAUACAUUCUAAUAGAAAGUUCAUCAUUUCAAGAUGUUUGCUCAGGUGAUAACGAUGGUGGCGGAGCAAUUUUUGCUACACAUUGCUAUACAGUUCAAAAUCGUGUAUGCGGAAACAAUUGUUCAAUUUCUUCUGGACGAGGUACAUUUUCAGUUGUCACAGGCGAACGUGGUUUCUUGAUCAGUUCAUCAAUAAUAAAUUGCGGCAUAAAUAAGAAAGGACAAUCGACAUUUUGUACUGUUCGUUGUUUCACUAAUAUUAGUCAAUCUAAUGUUUCACAUUGCAAAUCUGAAACAUUGAUAAUCCAAAAAAUGUUGCAUUUUUAA